AUUUAAUUAAUGAUUCCAUAACUGCGCGUUUUGCAAUGGAUGUAGAAAAUCAAAAAAAAGCAUACCUCUGUCAUUAUUUAAUCAGUGAUGAAACAAGAAAACGUUUCACAACAAAAAAGAGUGAUAAGAAUAAUUUAGUAAAAUUUGACACUAAAUAUGAACAGUAUUACUUUCCAUCAUUUUAUGAUUUGAAUGGAAAUUUUGGUACAAAAGGGAAUAUUGUUAUAGACGCAUGGCCAGCGCAUGCAAGUAGUAGAGAAAGAUCAACUAAUCAAAUCCAUAUUGCAUCAGAUGGACAUAUACAACGACAGACACCAGAACAAUCAAGGUUACCACCAGUUAAGAAACCAAGAUUCUUGGAGAUGUUAGAAGCGCGUAUCAACAGGGAGAAGGCAAAAUUUCAUGUUACAGAUGGUGAACCGAAUCCUUUACGAUUACAGAUAUAUCGUGAAAUAUUUACAAUCUUUAUACAAACCUGUGCUUAUUAUGGUCCAUUAUUGGCAAGAAUUAAAGAUGAAUACGAAUCUUAUCUAGUUCAUAUGCAGAAUGAAUUGAAGAAACUAUUACCCGUUAGAGAGUUAAUAUGGACAGUUUCACAAGAAUGUGAAGAUCGUGUUAGUGCAAUGAGAAGACGUGAAAAUAAGAAUAUAAAAGCAUUGAAAAUGGAGAAAAAAGAACUUCGAGCACAAAUUACACAUUUACAAGAAAAUGCAACUUCUUUGACAUGUGAAGUUGACCAUUUAACAAGUGAACUAGAGAAGAAAGAAGAUGAAUGGAGAACAGAAUUUGAUGGAAGAAAGCUACUGAUCACUGAAGUGAAUGAAUUAACUUCAAGAUUAAAAGAAAUGGAAAUGUUAGCCAGAGCUGAAGUAUCUGAUGACAAAGAAGAUCCAAUUAAAUUGAGAAUAGCACUUGAUCAAGCAUAUAAAACUAUAAAUAAUUUACAAGUACGUGUUACAGAAUAUGAAAGUGAAUAUGAAUCACAAGUACCAAGAACAAAAUAUGAUGAUGUAAAAAAUAAUUUAUUAAGUAAAAUUGAAGAAACAGCAAAAUUGAAAGAAGAACUUGAAAGUAUACAAAUUCGUUAUGAUUUAUUACAAGAACACUGUGUUACACUGAACACAUAUCGUGAUCUUUACUACAUACAAGUUACACAUGCUACACGUGUUCUAGGAACAAAAAGUGAUGCAAGUCAAAAGAUUGACUAUCUCAAUUCGCUAUUUAAUAAAUGGCGUCGAUUAUUAAAUGACAAAACAUGGAGUGAUUUUCAACGUCUAGUUAAUGAUGAAAUGGUACGCAUUGAAACUGGUCAAACACCAGUUGUUGUACGCUCAAGAAUGCCAAGAACACGAGCAACAGGUGCUACUAGUAGUGCUGGCGGUACUGGUGCUUCUGGUUCUGGCUCUGUACCUGCAAGUGGAACUGCUCCAGCUACAACUCCAAACACUGAUGGAUCAGGUUCACCUCAGCUACGUGAUUCAUUUCAUAAAACUGAAACAAACUGA